CAGGUAUUGCAAUCGAUCAAUUUUUUAACGGUAUCUUUUUCUUGACUGUCAAAAUUGACAACUCUUUAAACUUAAAAAAAUUAAAGGAUAUUUCCGACAAAUUUUAAACCAAAUUCCAAAGACAAAAAUGUGCCGACGAGCUGUACGCGAAUGGCUAGUACUGCUGACCAUGGAGAAGUACAUUGGAAGAUUCCUGGAGCGGGGCUACGACAGUAUUGCCAACUGUAAGCUCAUCGUAGCCAGUGAUCUUGUAAUGCUGGGAGUGGACGAUGCCACUCACCGGAAGCUCUUGCUCGACGGAGUGCAGUUCCUGAUUAAUGCACCCGAAAAGUUCAUCUGCGCGGAGCCGUGUGAGCUACAUCAUUAUCUCGAGAAGGAAUCGGAUCCGGAAAUCGAAUGCUUGAAGAGCUCCAUUUUUCAAACAAAAAUAGAUAGAGAGCACGUGGAAGAUAGUUCUCCGCCAAAAAUCGCAAGAAGAACUUACUGCCAUGAAUUCAACAAAGUAAAUCACAAGGAAACAAAUCCGAUAUUCACCAAUGAUGUUCAACAAGAAAAAGGAUAUCUGAAUGAAGACGUUUGCGACGACGAGGACGAACCAGUAGAUAUAGAGAAAUAAAACUAGCGAUGAGUUUGCUGUAAUAUAAAAUAUGGGCUCGUAAAAACUAAAUACAAUAUUAACAAUUAA